AUGAAAGAUCGGCUAAACGAGCUGCGGGAAUUUGCCAGGUUACACAACCAACAGUUUUCUGAUGGUGAGGAUGAUGAAAAUUCACCCCAUGAUAUUCUCCUUUAUGAGACUGAUUAUGCCUUGGAAAUUCUUCAUAAAGACAUACAGAACAUCCGGACAGAAAAUGACCACCUAAAAGAGGAUGUCAAACGGCUCAGAAAGCAAAACAACCGCUUCCUUACUUCCAUGCGCCGUAUUAGUAGCAUCAAACGAGAUACCAAUUGUAUUGCCAGAGACAUCAAGGCCCGUGGAGAAAACAUCCACAGGAAACUCCAGAUAAUGAGAGAUUUCUGUGAAGACGCAAUCACAAAAUACGGGGCUAUGUCUGUCAUUGCCAGGGUAGCGAAGAACCACUACGUUGACCUCAUGCACACAUUUCAGGAAGCUAUGUUUGACUACAACGCAGCAGAGAUGAACCAACGGGAGAACUGCAAGAUUCGAAUACAGCGGCAGCUAGAGAUCAUGGGCAAAGAUGUUUCUGGCAACCAGAUCGAGGAGAUGAUUGAGCAAGGCAAGUGGGAUGUCUUCUCUGAGAAUCUCCUGUCGGACGUUAAGGGGGCUCGCUCAGCCUUGAAUGAGAUAGAGAUGCGCCAUAAGGAGCUGGUGAAGUUAGAAGGCCGCAUCAAGGAUAUUCACGAGCUCUUUCUGCAGGUGGCCCUGCUAGUGGAGGAACAGGCAGACACCUUUGAUGUAAUUGAGAUAAAUAUGCAAAAUGUUGAGGACUAUGUAGGAGAAGCUAAAGACCAAGUGAAAAAAGCUUUGGAAUACAGAAGAAAGCACCCCCUCAGAACAAUCCUCUGCUGCUGCAUAUCCUGUUGCAGAAGGAGACUAUCCCAGUGA